AUGUCGGAAUCAAACGCUAAGAGCGAUGCCGUCGUCGCCGAAGAGGUGGUCUCGCAGUCGUUGACAUCACUGCUCUUCGGAUCGCCACUCAAUACAGUCCUCACUCUUAGCGAUGCCGUCGUCGCCGAAGAGGUGGUCUCGCAGUCGUUGACAUCACUGCUCUUCGGAUCGCCACUCAAUACAGUCCUCACUCUUGUGAUCGCUUUUCUCGUCUACAAACUGAUAGCCAGAGGACGACAGAAGAGAAAUAGCUCCGAGUCGGAGGAACCAGUGUUCAAACUGCCGGAACCGCUGCCCAAACAUGACAUGACUUUGGAUGAGCUGAAGAACUACGACGGAAAGGGAGCCGACAAACGGAUCUGUAUUGCAAUUCUCGGCAAAGUCUACGAUUGCACUAAAGGCCAUCGUUUCUACGGUCCGGGCGGUCCGUACGCGCCUCUGGCCGGACACGACGCGACGCGAGCGUUGGCUCACUUCGAUGUGGAGGCCGUGAAGGACGAGUGGGACGACGUCUCGGAUCUGACGCCGUAUCAGAUGUCGAGUGUCAACGAAUGGAAGGAACAGUUCUCCGAGCGCUACGACUACAUCGGGAAACUCGUGAGGGAUUCGAGCGAAAAGAGUGAUCUAAUCGGCGACGAAGACGAAGAGGAGAGCGUCGAAAGCCAUUCUUUAUUUUACGANAUCGGGAAACUCGUGAGGGAUUCGAGCGAAAAGAGUGAUCUAAUCGGCGACGAAGACGAAGAGGAGAGCGUCGAAAGCCAUUCGUAA